CUGCUGCUCUCUGAUGUUUCAGGACUUUCUGCAGCUGGAGGACAGAAGGAGGAGCUGAGAGUUGUUGGAGAAAACAUCACUCUGCCAGACUCCAUCCUGGAGAAUGGGUUUCUGUCAAUAAAUGGAAGAAUCAUAGCUUUAGUAAGAAAAGGAGAAUUUGGGAUAGAAGACCACUCCUAUGUGGACAGAGUCCACUGGAACAAACAAACUGGACUCUUUACCAUCACAGACCUGCAGAUCAGCGACUCAGGAGAUUACAACAUCAACUUUAACAUGGAGCCUGUUUACAGUUUCUCUCUCUGGCUCCGAGUGUUUGGAGCCUCUCCGACGUUUGCUCUCCGCUUUAAACUCUGCUGCUUCUGCCUUUGGUCUUCCUCUUCUUUCUGCCUCCAGCACUCAGCUGUGACCUCUGACCUCAGCCCCCCAAACAGACUUUCUGCAGCUGGAGGAGAGAAGAUGGAGGAACUGAGAGCAGUUGUUGGAGGAAACAUCACACUGACAGACUCCAUCCUGCAGAGAGGGUUUCUGUUAUUUAAUGGAAGCAACAUGGCUUUUGUAACAAAAGGAGAAUUUGAUAUUGAAGACAAAACCUAUGAGAACAGAGUUCACUGGAACAAACAAACUGGACUCUUUUCCAUCACAGACCUGCAGACCAGCGACUCAGGAGUUUAUAAACUGGAGUCUAAAACGGAGUUUGUUCUCAGCUCCUAUCAGCUCAGAGUGUUUGAGCGGGUUCCCGCCCCUGCGGUGCGGCGGCUGAACAGCAGCUCUGAGGGCUGCUGGCUGCUGUGCUGGGUGGGGAGGAACACCAGCCUGUGGUGGCAGAGAGGCCAGCAGGUCCUGACCCACAGCAGCUCUGCCUCCUCUCUGCUUCUGCCUGUGGACACACGGGACUUCAGCUCCUCUCUCAGCUGCGUGGCCUCCAGCCCUGCAGAGAACAAGACGGUGCAGGUCAGCGGGGCCACGUCAUGCGCUCUGAACCCGACGGGAGACCCGGAGAACAGGCACACUCCGGAUAAACGGUACGGGAACCAGAAACCAGGACCAGGAACCAGGACCAGACUCCAGCCCAUGCACCGGUCUGUGGAAAAGCGUCCACUCACCGAUCCAGAGGAGGAACAGCCUCAUCCUGUUCUCCAUCUCAGGUCAGCUCCAUACGCCAGAACCAGCCGCCGCUCCGGGACAGAGACGGUCUGCUCCCCUCCGCUGCUCGCUGCUUCUGGCUCUGUUUGUCCCACCCUCUUUCUGCCAUCUGAGGGGAGGGAACCGAAGCUUUGA